UUGAAGUGAAAGAAAUUUUUAAUUGACAGUUAAUCAUAUUAAGGAUUGAGAUCAAUUUUGCUGUGAGAAGCGAAAAUAACGAAAAGAGAAAUGCGGCGUCAGGAUGAUGAACCUACAACACAGCAGGCUGAUGAUACUACACUACCGCAGACUGACGAUACUACACUACCGCAGUCUGACGAUACUACACUACCGCAGGCUCAAGACACUACAGGAACUGGAACAGAUAGUAGUAGUGACGCCGCCAACGGUACAGGAAGUCCAGUAACAACAACACCCGCCCCACCGAAGCAUCCUCCCCAAACAUUCUAUGUACCAAUAUUCGUUCUAACUGCUGUUUUUGGUGCAAUGUUUAUCAUUGGACCACUUUUAGUCCGUAAAGGACCCAAUAGUGGAAUAACAAGAUGUUGUAUCAUGAUCUCUGCAUUCUGCAUGUGGAUAUUCUGGACAACUAUGUACAUAUCACAAAUGAAUCCUCUCAUGGGUCCACGCCUGCAUAACGCGUCGCUAGCCUGGCUGGGACAUAAAUGGGGUAAGAACCCGAAAUCUCUGGCCGCCCUGGAAGAAACACCAUAAUUUGGAUUACACCGGAACUCCAAAGUGAGACUUGUGUUACUCGGCACGCUAAUGCUAGCUGUAAAGCGCUUAAAUUCGAUUUUAUGACGUCGUCUGUCCCUAUUUAUAUAUUCAGG